AUGAAAAUCGUCAACUUAUCAGCGCUUGUCCUUUUCGCCAAUGGUGCUAUGGCAGCAGACUGCCUUGGCUGGAAAACAAGCGGUAGUAUGGACAAGUUUCUGUCGGCUUUCUGGGAAGCGCGCGAGAAAAUGUGCAGCAAUUCCGACUGCGCUCUCCAGCAGCCUUGCACAACAAGGGCUUCAAAGACUGCAGGUAUUUUACAAAGCAAGAUCAACGUUUCUAUAAAACGCCAGAAUACCGCUGGAAAGCCAGGGUUUAAGGAUUGCUGGGAUGCCACUGAUGCUCAAGGAACGGGUACUUGGAUGGAAUUUGGGAGGCCAAUGGACAACUGUACCAGGUAA